AUGUUUUCCACGCUCCUUCCAUUCGUUGUCCUUGCGACUCCAGUCUUUUCCGUCAUUUUGUCAAAUGGCACCGCCCCAGCUUUAGCAACUGACGAUCAAUUGUCAUGCACCACAUCCUUCGAUUCAACAAUACCAUUAACUGUUAUUACAUCCGUUGAGACAUUGACUUCGACCCAGAUCGAUACCAGCAUAAUCACUUUCACUCCUUCCAUUUCCUUGACCUUGAUGCCUACCACCCUUACAGUGGGAGAAUUCACCACAGUUACUGAAACAACAACAAUUUCUCAAGUUACCGACACUUUUAGCAGUAUAUCAACUAUCCUCGAUACAGUUGUUAUCACAAGUACUGUUGUUGGAACCCAGACUGAUAUCGUCACUGCGACAGUUACUGGAAGUCCAUCAACCGUUUCCAUUGCAGCUGCGAAUGGCUUUACACCGGUUGCUUCAUCCAACGUUGCUCCAGUCAAGCGUGACGAAUGUGGACCUGCUCGGCCUCCUCAGGAACCAGUGACUAUCACAGUCACUGUGACAUCUACCCUUACUUAUGAAAAGGAUACAUACUAUACUGUGACUAAGCCAGGCCAGUUGAAUAACCAAGAGCCAACCACCUUGAAGUCCUUCACGAAAACUACCUCAACUUUUCAAUAUAGUUCAAAGAAUGAAGAACAAAGUACAGGAAAUCGAGGACCAGUCCCAUCUUCAUCUUUCUCUAGACAUUAUUACUACAACACAACAUCUCAGUACAUUGCUGGCUCCGGAUCUGCACCAACAAUCAUCAAAACAAUUGGCACAGCUAUCAGUGGCAACAUCAGCCCAAUUCAAAACGCAACUACUUCAAUCUAUGUACCAAAUGGUAUCACAACUUCCAGUAGAGUUAGCCUUACUCCUAUAAUCAGCGCAAACUCAACUAUUAGUUCUGGCACUGCAUAUAGCAGUUCGAUACCCACAUCCACAAUCCCCAUCCCUGAAAUCAGCACAUCCUACCCAGCGUUCAUUGGAUGCACAUCGACAAUAAAAAUCGAAUCCACUACCACAAUCACCGAAACAGCAUCCUCAACAAUCACCAACCUCGCCACUCCCUAUAUCACGGAAACCUCCACCUCCACGAUCACCACCACCACAAGCGUAAUGCUUGCUGACGCCUCCACAACCCUAAUCUCCACCCUCAUCUCCACAAUCUCCAGCACCAUCGCCGCAACCUCCAUCACCACCAUAACCAGCACCCAAACCGUCAGCGAAAUCUCCGGCGCAACCCCCACUGUCUACGCCGCCUGCGCCCCCAACAACGUCAUCUCAUCCUUCAACGGUCAAUCCAUCAGUCAAAACCGCUUUCUCAAUAAUGUCCUCGCGGCCACUACUGCUGCCUCAGCAUAUGAUUGUUGCGUGGCUUGUCAGAAGAAUGCAUCAGGUUGUGCUGGAUCGUUAUAUUUACCCGGGGGUGCUUGUUAUUUGUCUUCUAGUGAUGGGAAAUGUGAUGGGAGUGUUGUGGCGAAUUAUUUCUAUACCUCUGCCGGGACUAGUGCUAAUGCGUUUUCGGUUUCUAAUGGGCCGUGUGGUCAGCAGCAGUAUCAUGCGAUGGGGUAG